GUUGUGAAGAAUGAGUAACAACCUGAGUUGUUUCAUAGUACAGUGCCCUAAGUUUUGUCUGUGUGCUAGAGGUGUGGAAUAUCAAACAGAUGAUUAAAUUAACACAAGAACAUAUAGAGGCACUGCUAGACAAAUUUGGAGGAGAGCAUAACCCACCAUCGAUAUACUUAGAGGCCUAUGAAGAGUACACCAGCAAACUAGAUGCUCUACAGCAGAGAGAACAGCAGUUAUUGGAAUCCAUGGGGAAUGGAACUGAUUUCUCUGUCUCCAGUUCAGCUUCAACAGACACAGUUGCAUCAUCUUCUUCCUCUAGCCUCUCUGUAGCACCUUCAUCCCUUUCAGUUUAUCAAAACCCUGCUGAUAUGUCACGGAAUAACCCUAAGUCUCCACAGAAGCCUAUUGUUAGAGUCUUCCUGCCCAACAAGCAAAGGACUGUGGUUCCAGCAAGAUGUGGGGUGACAGUCCGAGACAGCCUAAAGAAAGCUCUAAUGAUGAGAGGUCUUAUUCCAGAAUGCUGUGCUGUUUACAGAAUACAAGAUGGAGAGAAGAAGCCAAUUGGCUGGGACACUGACAUUUCCUGGCUCACAGGAGAGGAGUUGCAUGUGGAAGUCUUGGAGAAUGUGCCACUCACGACACACAAUUUUGUACGAAAAACAUUCUUCACGUUAGCAUUCUGCGACUUUUGUCGAAAGCUGCUUUUCCAGGGAUUCCGGUGCCAGACGUGUGGCUACAAAUUUCACCAGCGCUGUAGUACAGAAGUGCCACUGAUGUGUGUUAAUUAUGACCAACUUGAUUUGCUGUUUGUCUCCAAGUUCUUUGAACAUCACCCCAUAUCACAGGAGGAGGCCUCCUUAGGAGAGACCACCCCAGCAUCUGGAUCGUACCCCUCAGUGCCCCCCUCAGAUUCUGUUGGACCACCAAUUCUCCCUAGUCCUUCUCCUUCAAAAUCCAUUCCAAUCCCACAGCCCCUCCGACCAGCAGAUGAAGACCAUCGGAAUCAAUUUGGGCAACGCGACCGAUCCUCUUCAGCCCCCAAUGUUCACAUCAAUACAAUCGAGCCAGUCAAUAUUGAUGAGUUGAUUAGAGACCAGGGUUUACGAGGAGAGGGAGGUUCAACUGCAGGUUUGUCUGCAACACCUCCCGCCUCUUUGCCUGGGUCACUCACCAAUGUGAAAGCGUUACAGAAAUCACCAGGACCCCAACGAGAAAGGAAAUCAUCCUCAUCCUCAGAAGACAGAAAUAGAAUGAAAACCCUUGGUCGACGGGAUUCAAGUGAUGAUUGGGAGAUACCAGAUGGACAGAUCACAGUUGGACAAAGGAUAGGAUCUGGAUCAUUUGGAACAGUCUACAAAGGAAAGUGGCAUGGUGAUGUGGCAGUGAAAAUGUUGAAUGUUACAGCACCCACACCUCAACAGUUACAGGCUUUCAAAAAUGAAGUAGGAGUGCUCAGGAAAACACGACAUGUGAAUAUCCUGCUUUUCAUGGGUUAUUCAACAAAACCCCAGUUGGCUAUUGUUACACAAUGGUGUGAGGGGUCCAGCUUGUAUCACCAUCUACACAUCAUUGAGACCAAAUUUGAAAUGAUCAAACUAAUUGAUAUUGCACGACAGACUGCACAAGGCAUGGAUUAUUUGCAUGCCAAGUCAAUCAUCCACAGAGACCUCAAGAGUAAUAAUAUUUUUCUUCAUGAAGACCUCACAGUAAAAAUAGGUGAUUUUGGUCUAGCUACAGUGAAAUCACGAUGGAGCGGAUCACAUCAGUUUGAACAGUUGUCUGGAUCUAUUCUAUGGAUGGCACCAGAAGUUAUUAGGAUGCAAGAUAAAAACCCAUAUAGCUUUCAGUCGGAUGUGUAUGCGUUUGGGAUUGUUCUGUAUGAAUUGAUGACUGGACAGUUACCAUACUCAAACAUCAACAACAGGGACCAGAUAAUUUUUAUGGUGGGACGAGGAUACCUAUCUCCAGACCUCAGCAAAGUACGGAGCAACUGUCCAAAAGCUAUGAAGAGACUAAUGGCAGAAUGUUUAAAAAAGAAAAGAGAUGAGAGACCCCUUUUUCCACAGAUUCUUGCCUCCAUUGAGCUUCUGGCCCGGUCAUUGCCAAAAAUUCACCGCAGUGCAUCUGAGCCCUCAUUAAACCGGGCUGGCUUCCAGACAGAGGAUUUUAGUCUAUAUGCUUGUGCUUCUCCAAAAACACCUAUCCAAGCAGGGGGAUACGGAGAAUUUGCAGCGUUCAAGUAGCCACAGCACCAUGGCAGCACCCACUCUGUUAUUUAAGUCUUGUGUUCCUACAGUUUCUUAACAUCAAAACUCUAUUCUGCUCCACAAAACCUAAAGUAAUUUAGAAAAGAUAUCCAUAAGCUUAAAAAUGGAGCAGAAUGGAACUGCCAGUCCAACACAAUGGGAAAAAGUACCUUUUUGGGAACCAGAAUCCUCUGCUGCCAGUGUUUCUCCUUCAACACAAACCACCACGUGCAUUCGGAGACCCGCAGUGGCUGCCUGUGCCGUUGGCAUCAUUCCCAGGAGAGAGGAGAGGGCGCUCGUGGUUUGACUGUGGUGCUCGGGCAUGAGGGGAUGGAACUGCUGCUGCAACUUAGGAGACUUGCUUUGGAUGGUCUGCCGGUCGGCUUUCUCCCUCUAACAAUGUACCAUCAGAGGCUGAAAAUCUGAUGAGUGCUAACUGAAAAGAAUCAUCCUCCAUUCUGAUCUUCUUUUUCCUGGUGUACUCACUGAUUUGUGGACAAUGCAGUAUCCCCUUUUCACUGUAUCACAAUGUCAAACACCUAAAUCUGCCUAUAUUAUUGGGUUUCAUUCCAGUAAAAUUAGAAGUGUGGGGUGAUGGGAGCUGGAGAAGAGGUAAAGGCGAAGAGGUUAAUCUGAAGGAAAAGGGGAUGCUGCUGCACCUUUUUUCAGAUUUACU